AUGCAGCAGGAGAGAGUACCGACCCACUCCAGACGGGGGACCCACGCUGGGGCGCACCCACUCCGACGUCCUUCCAGCCGGAAGACUCCUCACAAGCCAACUAACCCCAAGAACCUGGCAUACAUUGCAUUUAAAUCACCCAGGCGGCACUUCACAAAGCAGCGAACAAAUAGGAAGCGGCGGAGAGUAGACAGUUACAACCAGCAAAGGAAUAUAUACUACAGACUUACCUCUGAUCACUCAGACCAAGCAGAGGUCCACCGGAGUGACCCGAGCGGCAACUCCCAUCAACGGGCCACCCAUCUGUUUGGCUUGCUACAAUAG